GUGGUUUCUAGUGCAUUUUACUGGAGGCAUACGGAGAAGUAAUGGUUGAGUUCUAAACACAGAACAAAGCGAUUUAAAAUAAUUAACUUCUUUCGAAUCUGUUUUCAAUGAACCAGUCUGAACAGUAUCCACCGCCAGGUUUUGGCUGCCCUGCCGCCACAGCCCCUACAUAUUGGGGUCCUCCACCUCCACUCCCACCUUCUCCAAGCUGGUAUCAACCUGGUUUAGAAGCUCAAACGAACUGGUAUGGGUAUCCAGUUCCGUACCUGUGGAACCCAUGGCCUGCGCAAUAUAACAGCACAUUCAACGGAUAUGAACAGCAACCAACACAAGGUCAUGAUUACUUCAGUCAAAACCAAGAUGUACCACAGUCCCCUACCUGUCAUUCAUGGCCAAAUCAAAAUGGUUUAAAAAAAAAGAAAAAGAAAAAAGAACCAAUAUUUUCAUUUUUCUGUGACUCUUGUGAUCGAGGAUUCAAAGCCCAAGAAAUGUAUGAUGAGCAUGUUUCCCAGCAUGUAAAGUGUAUGAUUGAUGGAUGUAGUUAUACUGCACAUGAGAAGCUUGUCCAUAUUCACUGGAAAAAUAUGCAUCGUCCAGGAGCUAAAAGAAUUAAAUUGGAUACCCCUGAGGAAAUUUUAAAAUGGCGAGAAGAACGAAAAAAAAAUUAUCCAACUUUGGCUAAUAUCAACCAAAAGAAGAUGCUGAUGAAUGAAAAAUUGGAACGAGGAGACGUCUUGGAAACACCACAGUUUGGAAAAAUGAAGAAAACGAGAAAAUGGAAAACAUCAAGGGACUGGCAUGGAAAUCACAAGGGCUAUGGUAAAUUUAGGAAAUGGGAAAUGUCAAAGAAUCAACUGAGUAAUUGUAAUGAUUCUCAGACAACAGCGAGUCAGGAGGAUACAGCACAGGCAAACACUGCAAGGGACACUGACCCUCUUGGGAUGUUUGCCACUAGUGAGCCCGAGUCAGACAAGGAUGAAGAUCACAAAGACAAAAAAGAAGGGCUUACAGUGGUCCCAAAGCUGAUGACUUCAGGGUUAGGCGCCCUUGUUGCUAAUUAUGCAAGCAGCUCAGAGAGUGAAAGCAAUGAAGUGCCUGAAGAACUGCCAUUGAGAAAUAUAUCUAAAGUUUUGGAAGAAAAUCAGACUAUUUUGAGGAAUGCACCUUUGAGGUCCAAAAAUGUUCUACCACAUGAGCACCAAGAUGUUAAUAUACAAAGAAAAUAUCAGGAAUCAGGAGCUGUAUUUAAAAAAGGGCCCAGGUUUUGCCCAAGGAAAAUGGGGAGAAAAGCCCAGCAGCAUCCAAUAAAAAGACACCCUACUUUACUAGAAAUGUUGCUGGCUAGAGACAUUCGGCAUGAGAGGAAUGUAAUCCUUCAAUGUGUUCGUUACAUUGUACAGAGUAACUUUUUUGGGCUUGAUGAAAUGGCUACCCCUUCAGUGGAACACUUUUCAAACCAUAUUGUCAAAGUUGGUGAUGAAGCUACUUUAAUAGGUGAUUUGAAAUGUACUGUAAUCAAUGAAAACAAACUAAUGGCUUCAGCAAAGGAGGACUGUGUAGAGACUAAAUCACCUGACACUUUUCCAGCAUUAUCAGUGCCUAUAGAUGAUGAAAUUUGGGAGGUUUCAACUCAAGAUCAUGUUGGCUUUAGUUAGAAUGGCCAGAUUUUGAUACUGGAAAUUGUAACAAAGUGAACUAUAGUGACUAUUGCAUUGUUAAAAUGGGAAAUCAUGUGCCUAUCGUGACUAAAAUAAAUUUUUAGUAUUUCAUAGCUAAC